AUGGUGAAACAGUCUUCGCCGGACAGGAGGGAGGAGGAGCAGCCGUCGUCCUCCGGCGGCUGCGCCGCCGCCAAAUACAAGGGCGUGAGGAAGCGCAAGUGGGGAAAGUACGUGUCGGAAAUCAGGCUGCCCAACAGCCGGGAAAGGAUCUGGCUCGGGUCGUACGACACGGCCGAGAAGGCGGCGCGGGCCUUCGAUGCCGCGUUAUUCUGCCUCCGCGGCCGGGCGGCCCGAUUCAACUUCCCCGAUGACCCGCCGGAGAUCGCCGGAGGCCGGUCAAUGGCGCCGGCUGAGAUACAGACCGCAGCCGCCAGGUUCGCACACGGACUGGACACACGCGCCGAUGGAAUCUCGGGCCGGACCCUCGGCCCAGAAUCGCGGUCCGAGUCGUUUGGGUCACCCUGCCCCUCAAUUUCGGAGCGGGCCGACAGCGAAAUGACCGGAAUGCCCCCGGACGUUAAUAUCCUACACCAGUUGUUGGGGACGGGGAACGAUGGUAUGUACGAUUUCGGGAUGUUUUCGGGAUUUGACGAUUUUUCUGGCGAUUUUUUGGUGCCAGUCGGGCCCGAGCCCGCUUACUGGCCCGAAUAUAACGAGGAGUUGUUAUAUUCAGAGGCUUCGUCAUCUUCACUUUGGAAUUUCUGA